AUGUCACCAGAGUGCGAUCUACAGUGGAGAAAACUACAGCUUGUCGCCGAGUCACUGUGAUUAUUACAAAACACAGAAAAUGUUAUUUGCUUCCGUUGAUUCUGCUUUAAAAAACGUUUAGACGAUCAAAGGAUGAAUAUGUACCGGUAAUUUACGCCUUGAAGCCUUUCUAGUCGAGCUGAUAAUGCUUAAAAUGAAGCUGCCCAUGAGAACGGCGGAGGCAGGAGGAGACGACACGGCCGAGGAACAGCCCGAUCUCCAUAUUCCAAGAUCGGUCUCCGACAAGCCCGAAGAUUCCUCCAGACACCCAGGAUAUCCAUCUCAAUUGGAUAAAGAGGCCGUUUUCGAAUGGUUUGGUUUGCAUUUAAAUCCUGCCAAGCGGAUCGAGUUUAUGUGCGGACUGCUGCAUAUGUGCCAGCCACUUGAGCUCCGGUUUUUGGGCUCCUGUCUGGAAGACUUGGCUCGGAAAGAUAACCACGUUCUACGGGAUGUCGAGAUAAGGGCCAACAAUCCGAAUGAUCUGGCCAUUUUAUCAGAUGUUAUCGACCCUGUCGUGCGCUCCAAACUGCUGGUCUGCUUGUCUCUUCUGGGAUCUGACAGCAGGGAGUGUGCGGGAAUACUAUUUAGGAUAUUGAGCCAUGUGGAUCCCUCCUUGUUAUUCAAAAACUAUGGCUAUUCUGUUUCGCCCUUCAAGGACUCUCAACAUCACCCGUUCUAUUCUCCGUGUGUGGACGGGAAAGCGUUCGGGAGAACAGAACAGAAUUGCGGGCUUCCAAUGGAGGCAGUGAUCGGACCCUUGGAACAGUUGGCGCUGCUUUUUACUAUGGCCUCCUUGCAUCCAGCGUUCCCGUUUCAUCAAAGAGAAAAAGUUCUAGAACAGCUGGACAAAAUUCAACUUGCUAUAGAGGACGAGAGACAGCAGAAUCAGCGCAGAAUAAACGCCCAGCACAACAAGGCCCAGAAAGCAGAGGAGCAUGGCCCAGCAGCAGUCACCAUCGAGGCCAGUCUGGGUGAGAGGACGCAGGCACAGGCUCGCCACGCCAGCCAGACACCCCCCAGCAGAAGGGCCCAAAGGGAAGCCGUGCAUGUAGAGAAGAUCGUGUUGAAGGGGAUCUUACGGAGGAGGACAGACAGGGAAUACAAUUUUGUGGUAACGUGGUCCGACUCCUCAUCCAGCAAUGUCACCAAAACACAUCUUGAACUGGAAAGCUUUUUGCUGAAGCUUCCGAAGGACCAGUCCACCGAGUCGUUUGAAAAGGGCAUCCUCCGGCUACUCAACCAGGGAGACCAGUACGAGAUCAGGGAAAUGGAGGGGAACCUCAAGGAGAAGUUUCUGUCGGCUCCACAAGCUUUCCGACAGACAAGCAAGGUCUGUGGCUUCUUCCUGUGUGAGUCCUCCUCCUCCAGCCCCAGCUGCGGCAGAUUUAACCCUGUGGUCCUAGGGAAGCCAUACAAAGAGGACUGCUCAGAGGCAUCCAGCCAGGAGGAAGGUGUGUAUUUGGAGCCGUACGUUCAGGGGCAUCGGAAGAAACAUGGCAGCAAGAGCCCCAGCCUUAACAUUCCCAAUGCCAAAAGUUCCCAGGGGGAGAGCAGUCGGAGGGGGCCCCACGGUUCGGAGCACAACGGCCUGCCAGACUGGAGGAGGAAGAGCUGUACGCUCAAACCCAACCAAGACACCUCUGGGGGGCUGGGCCCAGAACAGAAUCAGGACAGUGAGAAGAAGAGCAGCCACCCUGCCACCAAGAGCAAGCCACGAGCACUGGGACCAGACAGGGAAAAGGGAAAGAAAGGAGAAGGAAGAGCGGCCUACUUGACGAACGGGAGCAUAGUGCCUCUGGCUUCUCAGCGAACGCGACAAUCGUCAGGGAAAGGUUGUGUGUGUCCAGACGGUCAUCUAGUCGGAGGCUCCAGUCAGGACGUGUACGGAGACACUUCGUCUGAGAGCUACAGCUCCCCCUCCAGCCCCCAGCACGAUGGGCCAGAGAGCCUGGACAGCGAGGACGAGAAGGACAAAGAUACAGAUAGUCACUCAGACAACUCCAGCAGCCAGGGUAGAGCGGACACCUUCUUCCCCUGCCAGGAGGUUGCAGGGGAGGGCUUGCCCACCAUCCACCCCCUGGCAUCUGCCAAGCCUGCUGGGGACCCCCUCUGCCCUGAGACCAUCCCCAACUUUCCCCCCAACUUUCCCCCCAUCACCUUUAUGCAACCCCUGCCCUACAUACUGCCCAACGGUGCACUGCCCGCCGAUGCCUCUCUGCCAGUCCUGCCUCCUCCUCAGGUGGCAGCGGCCCUGGUAGACAACAAGGUUGUGGGAGGACUGAUCAUGCAGGUGCCCUUGGUCCUCCGAGAGCCCAUGCCCACCCCAGUGCCAGGGGACACAGAAAAGAGGGAUUCCCUUGCUGCAGUGCCCGUGCUGCUUCCAGGGUUUGGCUCCCCCACCCUGGGCUUGCACCCCCCUGGCAGCCCUGCCGGGCAGCCCCUGAUCCAGCGCUUCAAAACGGCCCCUCAUAAGGCAACUGUCACUUCCGAGGGUGUCACGGCCUCCACUGCCCACCACCCCCCAGUUGGAGCCAUAAGCGUCAUCGCCCCCGGCCCACCCUAUGCCUCACCCUUGCAGCCAGCCUACCCCGACCCUGCCGCCAACCCCCUAACACCCUCUGUACUCACCCCCCUAAACCCCUCUGUACCCCUAGGGGAGCCUAGCAUCCCUCACGCCAAGCACCCGGGCAUGGCUCUUCCCUCAGGCUUGCCUUCUCCAUACACCAUGCCCCCCAUCCCCACCUCCAACAUGGCAACACUGGGGGCAGGGGUAGCCGGAAUAGGGGUAGUGCCCACGGCUGGACAGGUUCAAGCGGUGGUGCCCCCAUCCGUGCCCACCCACAACCCCGGUCCUGUGCCCAGCCCCAGCCCUGCCCUCACCCACAGCACGGCACAGAGCGACUCCACCUCCUACAUCAACAGCACCAGCUGUGCCAGUAACCUCGUCGCCCAGCAACAAGUGCAACCACCACAACAACAACAACAACAACAACAGCAGCAACAACAGCAGCAGCAGGCGACUCCCCAGCAACAGCCCAUGUGCUGCGGGGCGUGCGGUUGCCGGGGAGGCUGCGGCACCAGCAACAACAGCCACACAGCGCCUUCAUUCUUCUUCCCCCACCAGAUGCCGCCGCGGCAGGUGUUCGGUGUGCCGCCCAUCUUCCAGCUGACGUCCCUGUGCAACAGCAGCUACCUCAGUCAGCCUCCCCUCCAGAGCAACGGCCAGGCCCAGUUACCCUUCUUUCCAUCUGCCCCGGCCCCCUACGCCAGCCAGACCCUGCUGCACACGCACCCCCACUCCCACUCUGACCACCUACUGGGCACACAGCAAGGCUACAGCCUCCAGCAGAUGGCACCCUACAACCGCUUCUACCCGCACAUGUACCCCUCCAGUGUGGGCAUGGUACCCGGGGGCGGGAGGCGGAGGUGCACUGGGGGUAGCAGUCGGCGUCAACAAGAAGAACGCCAACGUCUCGUGCUACAACUGUGGGGUCAGUGGCCACUACGCACAGGACUGCAUACAGCCCUCCAUUGACUCAACACAGCAAGGUGGCUUUCGGCUGAAGUACGCCGCCUCCCACUCUUCCGAAGCACUAGACAACGCCGACUGAAGAAGUCUUCUCGUUCCGCCAUCUUGUUUGUCACGAGCGGUCAAAGAGACUCCUCCAUUUCAAGAGAGCAUCACUCGAUGUUUCCCUGUCACUAACCAGGUUUCCAUCCAACUUUUUUAGGCAAGUAAAGUACAUGUCGGAUAAAAAGUUAAGGACAGGCCUGAUGGAAACAGAAAAUGUGUCGGUAAACUUUCCAAAUGUUGACAAAACAAAAUACGCUAGACAAGGUGGGAUCUUUUUGUGUCGGUAAAAUGCGAUGGUAACGCUUUUAUGUGCAAAU